AUGUUUUGCAAAACUGUCCACAUAUUCGAAGCUACACUUUUGGUGUGCAUUGUGUCAAUAUUUUGCAUAAACAACAGCCGUUUGUCUAGUAGCUUUAUCCUCUCGAGGUGUGAUUCUCCCCGCGGUACACACUCGCUCAAAAUGACUGAAAGGAGGCUCCCACUGCAAGAUGAACUUCCUCUAAAGGAAGCUGACCCAGAGAUUUACAACAUCAUCCAGCUGGAGUCACACCGUCAGCAGACUUCCAUCGAACUCAUCGCCUCUGAGAACUUUGUAAGCAGAGCCUGUAUGGAGGCUUUGGGCUCUAUUCUGACCAACAAGUAUAGCGAAGGAUACCCAGGAAAGCGCUACUAUGGAGCCUGUCAUUACUAUGACCAAAUCGAGAGCCUCUGCAUGAAGCGCGCUCUGCAAGUGUUUGGACUUGAUCCAGAGGAAUGGGGAGUUAACGUACAGCCGCUCUCUGGCUCUCCAGCCAACCUCGCCGUUUACACUGGACUUUUGCAGCCACAUGAUAAGAUUAUGGGCCUAUCGCUGAUGGCAGGAGGACACUUGACCCAUGGUUUUUACACUGGUCAAAAGAAGAUCUCUGCCUCCUCCAUAUUCUUUACCUCACUCUCCUAUACUUUGGACCCAGAAACUGGACUCAUUAACUAUAAUGAAGUAGAACGACUUGCACAACUCUACUGUCCAAAACUCAUUAUUGCUGGAGCAUCCACAUACACCAGACACAUUGACUACAAGAGGUUCCGUGAGAUUGCAGAUUCGGUAGGAGCUUACUUGAUGGCAGACAUUGCUCACAUUGCUGGGUUUGUAUCGGUCGGACUGCAUCCAUCUCCCUUUGAGUAUUGCCACGUUGUAACCUCUACAACCCACAAGACAAUGAAGGGACCAAGGGCGGGUAUUAUCUUUUAUAACAAGAAGCUCACCCCUGACAUUUCCGAACAAAUCAACUCCGCAGUGUUCCCUACCAUUCAAGGCGGUCCUCACAAUAACGCCAUUGCGGCCUUUGCCGUUCAGCUCAACCAGAUGUUGAAGCCAGAGUGGAAGGAGUACGUGACUGGAAUCUUGAACAACUCUAGGGCGCUGAGCGAUGAAUUGCAAAAGAGGGGUGUGAGUGUGGCUACUGGAGGUACAGACAACCACACUGUAAUUGUGAACUUGAAACCUUUUGGCAUAACUGGAAGCAAGGCCGAGUUGGUUUGCGAAAAGGUCAACAUUGCCAUCAGCAAGAGCACAGUCGUCGGAGAUAAGUCAUCGCUAAAUCCAUCAGGAAUCCGCCUUGGGACGCAGGCAAUGACUGCCAGAGGAGCAAUCCCAGAAGACAUGGCCUUCAUUGCCGAGUGUGUGCUCAAGGUCGUUGGCAUUUGUACCAGGCUCCAAGAGGAAUUCGGAAAGAAACUAGUGGACUUCAAAAAGGGUCUGGACGGCGACGCCGAGAUUGCGGAACUCAGAAAGACCGUCGAGGAGUGGGCUGCGAGAUUCCCUCACGUAUCGCUGCCCCUUUAG